AUGACUUUUCUGGAUGACCCACGUCACCCCACUUGUAGGGAUCUGUUGACAUCUGAAGGGAUGCACCACAUCGAGGUGGGCCAAUACGGGCGGUUCUUGCGGGCGCUGGGAGCGUGGGAGGCAGAGCGGCGGGGAGUGGGCGUGGUGGCUGAGAUAGUGCCCUCGCAUGCCCUCUCAGUCAGCAACCACCAUCACUUCACCCUCGUUCUACCAGACCUCACACAACUUGGCUACCAGACGAGGCUACUGGAGGAGGGUCUGUCAGGGCCAGAAGUUAUGGUAACGGCACGAGCACUGGGCAGGUUCCAUGGGACAGCAGUGGCCUUCAAGAUAGUCACCAAGACCAGCCUCCAAGACGCCUUUCCCACCUGCUUUCACGUCGCUCACAACAAAAGUCAACUCUUCACAUUCUUCCCCAAAAUAGGAUUCCAACGCCUGCGACAGGAGUGGAGUGGGCUGCCUGAGCGAGCAGCUCUCCUGCACCUGCUGGAACCCUAUGAGGCUCACGCUGCAACCUUCGUCAUCCACAACCUCAUCCCCAGAGAACCCUUCGCCACCGCCAUCCACGGAGACCCCCAGCCAACCAACAUCUUCUUCAAGUAUACUGCUGACGGAUACUGUACCAUCAAGCUGAUCGACUGGGCGCAGGCGAGGUACAGCAAAGGAACCUAUGACCUCGUUUACCUGCUUAGUAUCGGUGUGGAGCCUGAGGUGCGCCGACAAGUAUCCUCGCAGGCCAAGGAGGAGUACUUCAGGGCGUUCAACGAUACACUGAAGGACCUCAACGCUGGCCUUACCUACCCGAGGUGUGUGUUUGACAAAGAUAUGAUGCUGAGUGAACAACUGAGUGUGGUGUGGUGUGUGUCCAGCAUCAACAUACUCUACUCUAGUGCUAGGCUUCAGAGACGACUCUACUGCAUCCUUAGCGACAUCCUCUACAACCCCAGCAUGAAGCCUCUCCAGAUGUUUCUACCCAAAUCCACCUACUCUUCCACUUGAAUUAAAGGCUCCAAAUGCGACUCAACACCAUCAUCCUCCUCCACGCCAAAUAUUUUACCUUCCUAGUUUCUUCAACAGGUGAGCACUUGAUAAGUCCCCAGGUAUCACGCACAAACAACUCCGGAUGUGGAGGAUUCAGAAGAUAUUCGAGGACUUUAAGUUUUACAACAUAACUCUCAAGACAGAUGCAACAUGUUGGAGGAUAAUUCAUAAAAUAUUUCAGAUAUAAGUACAUAUGUACAUGCGAACCUAAGUCUCGAGUACAUCUACGUCUGUGGCUACUGAACAAGUCAUUAUGUACUCUCCUUAUGUUAUCAGAGAUAAGUUUUCUCUCUCUAAUAAUAAGC